AUGGGUGAUUUGAGGCCAAUAUGUAAUGUCUUGUAUAAGAUUAUCUCUAAAGUAUUGGCUAAUAGGUUGAAAACCGUGCUUCCCCAAAUUAUCUCUGAAAACCAGUCGGCUUUCAUUUUGGGCCGACUAAUCUCAGAUAAUAUUAUGGGGAAUUCGACAAGGGGACUCUUUAUCCCCAUAUUCCUUAUUUGUGCGGAAGGUCUUUCUUCUCUGAUAAAGAGGGCUGAAAGAAGCGGCCACAUUAGAGGGUGUAAGGUUGCUAAUGGUGCGCCAACUACAACUCAUAUGCUUUUUGCCGAUGAUAGCUACGUCUAUUGUCGCGCAACUGAGAAUGAGGCUGACAAUGUACUCCGGUUACUACACAUGUUUGAGAUGGCUUCAGGUCAACAAGUUCAUCGAGCAAAGUCUUCCGUUUUCUUUAGUGCUAACACAUCUUUUGAUCUUCGAGACAGACUUUGUGCAAGGUUGGGAAUGGUUCAUGCUAGUGACAAUAGCUUCUAUUUGGGUCUGCCAUGUAUUUUGGGUAGAAGCAAAAAAGCCAUUCAGAAUUUCCUUCAAGAGAAAAUGGAAAAAAAGACCUUGAGUUGGGAGGGUAGAUUCUUAUCUAAAGCAGGGUGUGAGAUUCUUAUUAAGACCGUUGCACAAGCCAUAUCGUCUUAUGCUAUGUCUGUGUUCCUUUUACCUAUUGAAACAUGCACUUUGCUAGAAAGGUUGAUGUCCAAGUUCUGGUGGGGGAAUUCGUCCCAACAGUCUCGAGGUAUUACUUGGAUGAAAUGGAGCCGUUUGAGUCGGCACAAGAGUAAAGGGGGUCUUGGUUUCCGAAACCUUAGAGAUUACAAUUUGUCUCUACUUGGGAAGCAAGCUUGGCAGUUGUUGCAGAAGACAGAUUCUCUACUCAAAAUUUUCCUUGGUUUGGGGGAUGUUGAGGUGUUGAAUUCUCCUUGGCUGUCUGAUGAUGUAAAACCCUUUGUUACUUCUACUCACCCAGCCCUUGACCAUUGUAAAGUGAGACAGCUAAUGAAUAUAAAUGGAGAGGCUUGGGAUGUAGAUUUGGUGAAUGAUUUAUUUAAUAGCAGAGAUGCUUCCCUUGUCUUGAACACGCCUAUUAAUGUGGGGAAGGGUGACAAUUAUUACUGGAAAUAUGAUCAUUCAGGCUUCUAUAACUCAACAAAGGAAAUUGGAGUGCUGAUAUGGAGGAUGUAG